AUGUCGUCUCGCAUGUGGGAGGUGGACCCGGAGACGAAGACGAAGCUCCUCCAGAUCUCCAAGACCAACGGCAAUGACAAGUGCUGCGACUGCGGCGCCCCGUCGCCUCAAUGGGCCUCGCCCAAAUUCGGAACCUUUAUCUGCCUCAACUGCGCCGGGACACAUCGCGGGCUCGGCGUACACAUCUCCUUCGUGCGCUCAAUCACCAUGGACGCCUUCAAGCACGCUGAGAUCCAGCGCAUGGAGCUAGGCGGCAACGAGCCGUGGAAAGCAUUCUACGACGCCCACGCCGUGACCAUCUCCGAGGGUCGUACAUUCGAGGACUCGACGAUCAAAGAGCGCUACGAGGGGGACGCCGGCGAGGAGUGGAAGGAGCGGCUGUCGUGCAAGGCCGAGGGCCGCGAGUAUGUGCCCGGCCAGGAGAAGAAGAACAAUAAUGCCCCUGCUUCACGGUCGAGCACGCCUAUGAGCCUUAGUGGUGGCGGUGUUACGGGCGGUGCGCGGACAGGGUCACCCGCGGCGUCGUCCGUCCGCUCGCAUGAUAGCCAACGCGGUCGCGUGCCGCCAAAGAAAGAGCAAAAUGAGGCAUACUUUGCCAAGUUGGGCAAUGAGAACUUGUCGCGGUCUGAUUCACUGCCCCCGUCGCAGGGUGGGAAGUAUACUGGCUUUGGAGGUGGUGUGCCCACGCCUGCGGCUGGGGACCGCCAGUCGUCACCGUUUGGCGGGUUCGGUGGCUUUGGAGGAUUUGGCGGCGGCGGCGGCGGCGGCGCUGGGGGUGGACAGGCCUUGGAUGACUUCCAGAAAGAUCCAAUGGGCACUUUGACCAAGGGUUUUGGCUGGUUUGCCUCGACUGUUGGCAAGGGCGCGAAGCAGGUGAACGAUUCAUACCUACAACCCACAGCGAAGCAGCUCGCCGAGUCCGACUUCGCAGCCCAAGCCCGCGCACAAGCCGCAAACUGGGGCCAGAACUUGCAAACUGGCGUCCGCGGUGCCGCAGACCAACUCAGCCGUUUCGUCGAAGGGCCCGACGAUGGCCGGCCUGGCGCUACCCGCUCGCGUGGUGAGCCCGAGCGCCGGGACUUCUGGGACGACUUCUCAACCCUUGGCUCGCAGGAGCGCAACGGCCACCAGCGCAGUGGAUCACGGUCUGAUGUUAUCGGCACUACCGCUAUGCGCAAGAGCACUCCGGCGUCGUCGUUGACGAGCGCCUCGACCCUUCCUACUACUGAGACCACUGCGUCAAAUGGGAAAGCACACGGGGAGACCGGCGCUGUCACGUCGACGACGGCGAAGGGCAAGGAUGAAUGGGAUGAUAACUGGUAG